ACUCUUCUUCAUUUCUUUCGCAUAGAUUUUUACUGAUAAAUUCUAUUUAUUCGAAGUACCUAUAUCGUCAUUAUAAUAUUUUAUUAUUAAUCAUUAUGAAUUCGGAAAGGUUUUUACAAGUAUAUAUAUAUCCUCAAAAUUUCUCUCUCAUUAAAAAACACUUCUUUAUUUUAUCUCCCAAAUGAUGGUGUCAAUAAAUUGUUUAUUCAUAGGAAAGACUUCUUUUGUUGAUACUUUUGCGGUUAACGUUACUGAAGAAAGCGACAUUCUUGGUUCUUUAGUCAAUAUUAAUAAUUUAAAGAUUUCAGACCUCGUCUAUGAGGAGAUUAAGGAUACUAAGUUUAAUUAUAAGGACAUUGACCUUUAGAAGGUUGACAUCGCUUACGAUGAAUGAGACAGGCUUAAAACAUGUUACUACCGAAGAUGAUAUUAAAGAAAAACUUGGAGGCGAGCAGUUGAUACCCAUCUUCUUGGUUAAGGGAUGUUUUGAAAAAUUUAUCCAAAGGAAUAUUCACGUCAUCGUACAAGUGCCCGCUACUGAUAAGUUUCUUCGUGUUAAAGGUUCUCAUGAACGCUUGAAGAUGAAACUUGUUGCGAAUCUAGGUAGUCACAUCGUUGAGGGCAAGUUCUGUUUGUUUCAUGGGCAUCGACAAAGUGGCAAAAUGACUGCUGCUUGGGAACUGAAACGUCUUACUGAGUUCUGGCGGUCCGUAUGCGUCAAAGUGAAGUCUGCUAUACCUGCUUAUGUAGAUGAAGCGUCUUUCUCUACUAAAUUGAAAAAUGAAAAAAUAAGAGCAAGUGCUUUUGAAGGACUCUUUAAUAAAGACAGAACAUCAUUGAGAGAUAUAAUCUUGAUUAUAGAUGAAGCCUCAAGACCAAUUAAUGAUAACGAAACUUCAUGGUCUUAUAGCUUCUUUGCGGAGGUCAAGGAUCUUCUUGCUCAAUAUGCUGAGGAUAAUAAGUUUGAAAUUGAAGUAGACAAUAUUGCUGCGGAUGUUUACUCUCUUACCCUUGGACACAAGGGUCUUGUCGGUAACUGCUGCUAUUAUUUUGAGCAAAAAAUCAUGUCUGGAGCUAUCAAAGCAACUCUCGAUGACUAGGUCAAAGAGCGUGAUGAAGGAAGUUGACGUCAUCAGCGUCUGAAUAUUCUCUUCCGUAAUAAAACCUUACCUGUUUAUGGCUUUGAACUCUCUGUUGCAGCAAGCGAGUCAGUGUUUGAUAAUCACCUUGAACGUUCCGAUUAUUAUUCUUCCAUCCAUAAGUGCGAUAAAAUGUAUACAAUUGAUAUCAGCUCUAGCGAAAACCAUGCUAACUACUUUAGAAAAUUUGUAAAACAAAAUUAUGAAAAUGUGAUUCCCGUUCACGUCUGGGAGACGGCAAGGCAAAACUAGUGUAUGGGAGUGACGAUAAGGAAGAAGUAUCAAUUACCGGGUUUAAGUGGCAAAUGAUGUGGGGCUAAGCUUAAAAAAGAAUAUAUUAUAAAAGAUAUGUACUUGAUUGCUACAUUGCUAACAGAAAUAUGAACGUAUUUAUGAAAAAUAGAUAAUAACAAU